CCGCGCUGCCGCCCCGCGUCCAUCCUCCCUUAUCCCAGCGGUUACGGUAAGGAGCUUGUAGCACCACAGUCGCUCUCGGAGCGGUUUGACACAGAGAAGCGGAGCGCUCCGUUCAGGCGCUCUGCGGGCAGCCCGGCGGUUGCGAGGCAGCGAGAGGCGGGUCCUUUUCCCCUCCCCCCAUAAAGCCGCCGCAGUCCAGCCCCGAGCGCUGCCGUUACCGGGUCUCGCCAGCAGCCGGACGCCGCCUGCACCUCACGAUGCCUUCAAUUAAGCUGCAAAGUUCAGAUGGAGAGAUUUUCGAAGUUGAUGUUGAAAUUGCAAAGCAGUCUGUGACCAUAAAGACUAUGCUGGAAGACUUGGGGAUGGACGAUGAAGGCGAUGAUGACCCUGUUCCUCUUCCAAACGUCAAUGCAGCUAUUUUAAAAAAGGUGAUUCAGUGGUGCACCCAUCACAAAGAUGAUCCACCUCCUCCCGAGGAUGAUGAGAACAAGGAGAAAAGAACGGAUGACAUCCCUGUGUGGGAUCAAGAAUUUCUGAAAGUAGACCAAGGAACAUUGUUUGAACUCAUCCUGGCUGCAAAUUACUUGGACAUCAAAGGUUUGCUUGAUGUCACAUGCAAGACAGUUGCCAACAUGAUCAAGGGGAAAACUCCAGAAGAAAUUCGCAAGACAUUCAAUAUUAAGAAUGACUUCACUGAAGAGGAAGAAGCACAGGUACGUAAGGAGAACCAGUGGUGUGAAGAGAAGUGAAGCGCCGUGCCUGAUACUCGAACACUGUAAGGAUUGUUCCAAAUACUAGUUGCACUGCUCUGUUCAUAAUUGUUAAUAUUAGACAAACGCAGCAGCAAAUGAAGUUACGUUAGCAGGAUAUUGUUCCCUUUGCAUGUGUAGUGGGUUUUUUUUUUUUGAGUAUAAAUUUCAAUCUGCGUUUUUAUUAGUGUGAUGGGGUGUCUUUUUACUUUACUCUGCAAUGAAUAAAACUGAACCAAGUGUGGAUUCUGUAUGGGAAGUAGCACUUCAGGUUGUCAUCUUCAUUAUACUUUUUUUUAACUGUUCCAAGUCCAGUUACGAUCUUAAGCGUUGACUCCACCGUUGUAAAUAAAACCACCUUCGCUUUCUUCCUCAGGAAGAACAAACAGUGAUUUACAGGGUAUUGAUGGCUUCAGAAAGGAACAUUAAACGUGUCUCGGGGAGCUACGUAAAGCUUAGGAAAAUUGUUGGUUUUCUUACAAAAGCUUUUUGGAAAAUUGGUGUUACUUAAAGCUGUACAAUUUUAAAGAAAAAGAAAAGAUCUGCCCUCUUCCUUGUCCCGUUGGUCCUGUCUGAUAGGCCAGUGAGUAGUGCAAGAUGUUAUCUAGGUCAUCAAGUGAGCUUCUGACAGCAAUCUUGGCAUGAAUCUUGGCAUGCUUCUGCUGUGUCUUGAAGUCCUGCCUCCAGCUGGUAGAGAUGGGAUGUGCGUUGCUUUCUGCACAGGACAGGUGUGUUUUUAUCCUUUUUCUUGCUGAAAGUGGAAUCCAGGUUUGACCAAAAAUAACUGACAUUACCAAAGUUCAGAUUACUGACCUGUGCAUGCCAUUAGUGGCUGGUUUUUAGGCAAUUUUAAACUACCCUUGUGAUGUAGCUCUUGAAAACCUGGUUUUCGUGUAUCCAUGGGAGAUCUUUUUGCCUAUGUAUGUGAUACUUCCGCUUGUAGAGACUUCUUAUUGCAUACAAAGCUAAUGCAAUAUUGAGCUUGACUUCUUUGGACAAAGCCACUUGCAGUUAGUUAAACAGUAACUGGUUUCCUGAUCUUUAUUUUAAUUUUUUUACAGUUCCCUUAUAGGGAGUAGGGGGGUGGUGGUUUUGUGGUAGAUCUGAGGUGUGCUCUUAGCUUGUAUUGCAUUCCAUUCUCUGUAUAAAUCUUAGAGUAGAAUGAACCUUAAUAAACAUACUUAUCUCACUUUAAA